UCUCCCAGUUCCCCCAGUCCUCCCAGUUCUCCCAGUUCCCCCAGUCCUCCCAGUCAUCUGGUGGAUCUUUGUUCAAGAAAACACUCAGAUAGACAAGUUUCACACUGAAAUAAAAUCAUGUCUAACUCAGUGACUGAAGGUGAACUUUACAAGAUCUGUGUCCAACACACACACACACACACACACACACACACACACACAAACACACACACACACACACAAACACACACACACACACACACACACACUCAGCGUUAGUUGUUUCACUUCCUGUUUUGUGGCACAGAAACAUUCAGAUUGAGAAACUCGCUGACGUGAAACCUUCAGCUGUCACAUGGAAGUUUACAACAUGUUUAUCUCUGAUCAAUUAUUGAUCUAUUCACUGAUCACUGUUUAUUCAGGGGGUGGUGUUCAUGUGGAGUUCAGGUGGUGUUCAUGUGGUGUUCAUGUGGAGUUCAGGUGGUGUUCAUGUGGUGUUCAGGUGGAGUUCAGGUGGUGUUCAUGUGGUGUUCAGGUGGAGUUCAUGUGGUGUUCAGGUGGAGUUCAUGUGGUGUUCAGGUGAUGUUCAUGUGGUGUUCAGGUUGAGUUCAGGUGGAGUUCAUGUGGUGUUCAGGUGGUGCUCAGGUGGCGUUCAGGUGGAGUUCAUGUGGUGUUCAUGUGGAGUUCAGGUGGUGUUCAGGUGGUGUUCAUGUGGAGUUCAGGUGGUGUUCAUGUGGUGUUCAGGUGGUGUUCAUGUGGUGUUCAGGUUGAGUUCAGUUGGUGUUCAUGUGGUAUUCAGGUGGUGCUCAGGUGGCGUUCAGGUGGUGGUCAGGUGGUGUUCAGGUGGAGGUCAGGUGGAGUUCAUGUGGAGUUCAGGUUGAGUUCAGUUGGUGUUCAUGUGGUGUUCAGGUGGUGCUCAGGUGGCGUUCAGGUGGUGGUCAGGUGGUGUUCAGGUGGAGGUCAGGUGGAGUUCAUGUGGAGUUCAGGUGGUGUUCAUGUGGUGUUCAGGUGGUGUUCAGGUCUCCAAAAGUAGAUCAGGAGCCAGAGCCUUCAGCUAUCAGGCUCCUCUCCUGUGGAAUCAUCUUCCUGUUACGGUCCGGGAGGCAGACACCGUCUCCACAUUUAAGACUAGACUUAAGACUUUCCUCUUUGAUAAAGCUUAUAGUUAGGGCUGGCUCAGGCUUGUCCUGUACCAGCCCCUAGUUAGGCUGACUUAGGCCUAGUCUGCCGGAGGACCCCCCUAUAAUACACCGGGCACCUUCUCUCUCUCUCUCUCUCUCUCUCUCUCUCUCUCUCUCUCGUAUCCUAUUACUGCAUCUUGCUAACUCGGCCAUUCUGGAUGUCACUAACUCGGCUUCUUCUCCGGAGCCUUUGUGCUCCACUGUCUCUCAGAUUAACUCAUAUCACAGCGGUGCCUGGACAGCGUGACGUGUGUGGUUGUGCUGCUGCCGUGGUCCUGCCAGAUGCCUCCUGCUGCUGCUGCCAUCAUUAGUCAUUAGUCAUACUUCUACUGUUAUUAUACACAUAUGACUAUUGUCACACAUGUAUACUGCCAGAUAUUAAUACAUACUUUCAACAUAUUGUACCACAGUAGCCAGAACUAUAACUAUAAUAUUAUUACUUUCAUUAAUGUUGUUGUAAGCUACUGUCAUUACCUGCAUCUCUCUCUCUCUCUCUCUCUCUCUCUCUGUCUCAUUGUGUCAUGUGGAUUACUGUUAAUUUAUCAUGCUGAUCUGUUCUGUACGACAUCUAUUGCUCGUCUGUCCGUCCUGGAAGAGGGAUCCCUCCUCAGUUGCUCUUCCUGAGGUUUCUACCGUUUUUUCCCCGUUAAAGGGUUUUUUGGGGAGUUUUUCCUGAUCAGCUGUGAGGGUCCUAAGGACAGAGGGAUGUCGUAUGCUGUAAAGCCCUGUGAGGCAAACUGUGAUUUGUGAUAUUGGGCUUUAUAAAUAAAAUUGAUUGAUUGAUUGAUUGAUUCAGGUGGAGUUCAUGUGGUGUUCAGGUGGUGUUCAUGUGGUGUUCAGCUGGAGUUUAGGUGGCGUUCAUGUGGAGUUCAGGUGGUGUUCAGGUGGAGUUCAGGUGGUGUUCAUGUGGCGUUCAGGUGGAGUUAAGGUGGUGUUCAGGUGGAGUUCAUGGGGAGUUCAUGUGGUGUUCAGGUGGAGUUCAUGUGGCGUUCAGGUGGAGUUCAUGUGGCGUUCAGGUGAUGUUCAGGUGGAGUUCAGGUGGCGUUCAGGUGGCAUUCAUGUGGAUUUCAGGUGGUGUUCAGGUGGAGUUCAUGUGGAGUUCAGGUGGAAUUCAUGUGGAGUUCAUGUGGAGUUCAUGUGGUGUUCAGGUGAUGUUCAGGUGGAGUUCAGGUGGAGUUCAUGUGGUGUUCAUGUGGUGUUCAUGUGGAGUUCAUGUGGUGUUCAGGUGGUGUUCAUGUGGAGUUCAGGUGGAGUUCAGGUGGUGUUCAGGUGGAGUUCAUGUGGAGUUCAGGUGGAGUUCAUGUGGUGUUCAGGUGGAGUUCAUGUGGUGUUCAGGUGAUGUUCAGGUGGAGUUCAGGUGGAGUUCAUGUGGUGUUCAGGUGGUGUUCAUGUGGAGUUCAGGUGGAGUUCAGGUGGUGUUCAGGUGGAGUUCAUGUGGUGUUCAGGUGGAGUUCAUGUGGUGUUCAGGUGGUGUUCAUGUGGUGUUCAGGUGGAGUUCAGGUGGUGUUCAUGUGGCGUUCAGGUGGUGUUCAGGUGGAGUUCAGGUGGAGUUCAUGUGGUGUUCAGGUGGUGUUCAUGUGGAGUUCAGGUGGAGUUCAUGUGGUGUUCAGGUGGAGUUCAUGUGGUGUUCAGGUGGAGUUUAUGUGGUGUUCAGGUGGUGUUCAUGUGGUGUUCAGGUGGAGUUCAGGUGGUGUUCAUGUGGCAUUCAGGUGGUGUUCAGGUGGAGUUCAGGUGGUGUUCAGGCUGUAUUUAUUUAUCCAGGUCUGUUGUUUUGGGACAAAUGCUUUAACUUCAGUGGCACAUUAUUGUUGUUGUUGUUUACUCUGUGACUUUAAUAAACAACUGUAUCAACCAUGUAGAUUUACCAUGUUAGCAUGUUAGCAUGUUAGCAGCUGUUACUGUGCGUCCGCAACAAAAGCUGCCAGAGCUGCAAAGGCGUCAGGUCUAAUUCAUUUUCAAUGGACAUGUGGCGACUAGAAGCAUUUUGAGCUGCAAAUGACCAGCAACCAAUCAGAAUGUAGAUGUCCAUCGCUUGUGUGGAACCCAGAAAACAUACUCGGAAACUUUUAGUUCCUACCAAACAUUCGUUCCUACUUCAAAACAAGCAGCAGCCUGAAGUAGCGCUGGAACCUCUCCCCAUUCAGCCGCAGCUCCUGCACCAGCCCAUGGUAUUCCCCGUGCUGUUCACGGCCCGGGAGGAUAUCGUGAACCCAGAGCCGAUGGUGGCUACAUCCACAGGUACCACACGGCAGCACAAAUUACAAGAAUGUCUUCUUCCAUGUUGAAUCAAUACACAACUGUGGACAAGCGCACGUACUUAUACAAUUUCUUUGUGUUCUGGAACGCUUGUUAUUUGCGGGAAUGCAAUUCAUUUGCUCUCCUUACCACCAUUUACAGCUUUGGUCAUAUUUGGUUCGGGUUCGGCCCACUUGACAUGCUGCUGUGUUGUGCUACGGCCUGCUCAAGUGCUGGAAUUUGUUAUUUACGUGACAACGCCUGAACACAACACAGGCUGUGUGUUUAAUGUUUAAUGUCAGAACUAUUUAGACUUUUUAUUCUGCUUUCAUUGUCACAUUUCUGUGCUCCAGCCAGUAACCUGCUUUGCAGCUCCUUUAAAUCAAGAAGCAUAAUCGAACGUUCAGAAUUUGACUCAUGAGCAACUUGAGCUGCCACAGAUAUUUUACCAGCGGCGCUGCUGGAGCAAAUUCAGCUAUUUUGCAGUUGUGGCAGCUUUUGGUGUGAACGCACAGUUACUCAGCCUCAGCUAACAGUUGGAGUAGUUGUAGCUCGUGAUGGUGCUGUGUGUGUGUGUGUGUGUUGUUGUUACUCAGAUGUGUGGCUGUAGUUUUCCUGUAAUAUCUCCGUCACACCCUGAACUCUACGUCCGUCAUAUUGUCAGAGUCGUCACUCUGAUCCUGUCAGACUGUUUAAUAUUUCCGUCACGCUCUGUAAUAAUUCUUCUGACAUAUUAAUGAGCUUGCGGCGCCGCUCCGUCCCCGUCAGAGAUCACAACAUAUUUCACAUUAAAAGCUGCUGUAGGUGGCCUAUUCCUUUGGGUUUUAAUUUCACAGGACUUUUAUUGUGAAAAUCAGAGGAACCUGAAUUCUGUUCGUGUCGUGUAAAAACUGAAGUUUUACUUCAGGCGUCUUCA